ACCAUGAGCGAAGUCAUAACUGGCAUCAGAACAAUAAAAGUGAAUGCUUGGGAAAAGUCAUUUAUAGACCUUAUUACCAGACUGAGAAGGAAGGAAAUUUCCAAGAUUCUGAGACGUUCCUACCUUCGGGGCAUGAAUAUGGCAAUAUUUUUCGCUGUGAGCAAAAUCAUGAUUUUUGUCACCUUCAUCACCAAUGAGCUCCUUGACAACCUGAUCACAGCCAGCCAGGUGUUUGUGGUGGUGACGCUGUUUGAGGCUCUGCGGUUCUCGAGCACCCUCUACUUCCCCAUGGCCAUCGAGAAGGUGUCAGAGGCCGUUGUCAGCAUCCAAAGAAUCAAGAAAUUUCUGUUACUUGAUGAGAUGUCACAGUGCUACCCUCAGCUGCCAUCAGAUGGUAGAACAAUUGUGGAUGUGCAGGCAUUUACAGCUUUUUGGGAAAAGGCAUCAGAGACCCCAACCCUACAAGGCCUUUCCUUUACUGUCAGACCUGGUGAACUGUUAGCUGUGGUUGGACCUGUGGGUGCAGGAAAGUCAUCACUGUUGAGCGCUGUGCUGGGAGAGCUGCCCCCGAGCCAGGGGAAGGUCAACGUCCACGGGAGGAUCGCGUAUGUCUCUCAGCAGCCCUGGUUGUUUCCAGGAACUGUGAAGAGUAACAUUUUAUUUGGGAAGAAAUAUGAAAAAGAACAAUAUGAAAAAGUAAUAAAGGCUUGUGCUUUGAAAGAGGAUUUACAGCUUUUGGAGAAAGGAGAUCUAACUGAGAUAGGAGACAGAGGAACCCCGCUGAGUGAAGGACAGAAAGCCCGGGUCAGCCUCGCCAGAGCCAUGUAUCAGGACGCAGACAUCUACCUCCUGGACGAUCCGCUCAGCGCAGUGGAUGCAGGAGUCAGCAGGCACUUGUUUGAACAGUGUGUCCAUCAGGCCUUGAAGGAGAAGAUCACAAUCUUAGUCACGCAUCAGUUGCAGUACCUAAAAGAUUCAAGUCAGAUUCUGAUAUUGAAAGAUGGCAAAAUGGUGGAAAGAGGAACUUACUCUGAGUUCCUGAAAUCCGGGGUAGAUAUUUUUUCCCUUUUUGAGAAGGGGAAUGAGCAGUCUGAACCAUCUCCAGUUCCAGGAGCUCCCACUGUGAUCUCUGAGUCUUUGGUUCAGUCUCUCCAGUCUCCCAGACCCUCAUUGAAAGAUGCAGCUCCAGAGGACCAAGAAACUGAGAAUAUACAGGUUAUACUACCUCUGGAGGACCAUUUGGAAGGAAAAGUUGGUUUUAAGACAUAUGUGAAUUACUUCACAGCUGGUGCUGACUGGCCUGUCAUCAUCUUCCUUAUGCUAGUCAACAUCACAGCUCAGGUUGUCUACGUCCUGCAGGACUGGUGGCUUGCAUUCUGGGCGAAUCUACAAAGUGGGCUGUAUUCUAGGGUAUUAGUAAAAGAAGAUGAAGAUGUAGUGUUUGUUCUGAACUGGUACUUAAGAGUUUAUUCAGGGUUAACUGUGUCUACUGUCCUUUUUGGCAUCACACGGUCUCUGUUGAUAUUCUACAUCCUUGUUUAUUCUUCACAAACUUUGCACAACAAAAUGUUGGAGACCAUUUUAAGAUCUCCGGUAUUGUUCUUCAAUAGAAAUCCAAUAGGAAGAAUUUUAAAUCGUUUCUUCAAAGACAUUGGGCAUAUGGAUGAUUUGCUGCCCCUGAUAUUUCAAGAUUUCAUCCAGACAUUUCUACUUGUGAUUGGUGUGGUGGGCGUGAUGGUGGCUGCAAUUCCUUGGACUGCUAUACCUGUGAUUCCUCUUGGCAUCAUUUUCUUUUUUCUUCGGCGAUAUUUCUUAGAGACAUCACGAGAUGUGAAACGCCUGGAAUGUACAACACGGAGCCCGGUAUUUUCCCACUUAGCAUCUUCUCUCCGGGGACUCUGGACCAUCCGGGUGUUCAAAGCUGAACAGAAGUUUCAGGAACUGUUUGAUGCACACCAGGAUUUGCACUCAGAGGCUUGGUUCCUGCUUUUGACGACGUCCCGAUGGCUCGCUGUGUAUCUGGAUGUCAUCUGUGCCAUCUUUGUCACUGUUGUUGCCUUUGGGGCCCUGAUUCUGGUAGAAACUUUGGAUGCUGGGCAUGUUGGUCUCGUCCUGUCACUAACCAUCACACUUACCAGUAUCUUCCAGUGGUGCGUCAGGCAAAGUGUGGAAGUUGAGAACAUGAUGAUUUCAGUAGAAAGGGUGAUUGAAUACACAGACCUUGUGAAAGAAGCAUCCUGGGAACUUGAGUAUCGUCCACCACCAUCCUGGCCCAACAAAGGAAUGAUUUCCUUUCACAGUGUGUACUUCAGGCAUACAUCGGACAGGCGUCUGGUAUUGUGGAACAUGUAUACAAAAUUUAACCCAGGACAAAAGGUUGGCAUUGUGGGAAGAACAGGAGCUGGAAAAAGUUCCCUCAUUGCUGCCCUUUUUAGAUUGUCAGAACCUGAAGGUAGCAUUUAUAUUGAUGACAUCUUGACAACCAGGAUUGGACUGCAUGAUUUAAGGAAGAAAAUGUCAGUUGCACUUCAGGAACCUGUUUUAUUCACUGGAACAAUGAGGGAAAAUCUGGAUCCCUUUAAUGAGCAUACAGAUAACGAACUGUGGAAUGCCUUGGAAAAGGUACAACUUAAAGAAUCCAUCGAAGGUCUUCCUGCUAAAAUGAACACCGAAUUAGCAGAAUCUGGAUUGAACUUGAGUGUUGGUCAGAAACAACUGGUGUGCCUUGCCAGAGCUCUUCUCAGGAAGAAUCAGAUAUUGAUUAUUGACAAAGCAACAUCACACGUGGAUCCAAGAACUGAUGAGUUCAUACAAAAAAGAAUUCGUGAGAGAUUUGCCCAGUGCACUGUGCUGACCAUUGCACACAGGUUGAGCACCGUUAUUGACUGUGAAAGGAUAAUGGUUUUGGAUUCAGGGACACAGAAAGAAUAUAGUUGGCCACAUCGUUUGCUGCAAGAUAGAAACAGCCUAUUUUACACGAUGGUGCAACAACUGGGUGAGGCGGAGGCUGCUGUCCUCACCAAAAGGGCAAAAGAGGUGCACUCUGAAAGAAAAUAACCAGAUAUCACUCACAGUGACCAUGUGGUAAUGAAUAUUAUGAAUGACAAGUGGACAACCCUCAGCCUUCACAAUUUUUGAGUUGACUCUAUGAUUCUACGAUGAGUUCAUGUCUAUUCCAAAGGCAUUUUUCCAAUAGUUUUCUGCACUGCAUAAAUUAUAUUAUACUUUUUUUACACCAGCAACAGAUAUUUACAUAUUACAAAUAUUAAUCUAUAAUUUUUUCUCCAGCUUCACUCAGUGAGUUCAAGCUCUUGCAAAAGGAUUUGUUAUGCUUAUUUAUAUGUAAUACUAUUUUCUUUUUUAUGCAAAUCAGAGGUGCAGGCAACUAAUAAGAGCUGGUUUUGUGUCUUGAGAGAUUCUGAAGCUAAACUCAUUUUCUAAGAUUUGAGACAAAGUUCUCACAAAUUUUUUUUUUUUUAACUGUUCCCAGAAUUACAUAUUACUUUCUAAUUAUAUUAGGGAUUCUUGAAGACUGUGUGAUGAUGCCGUUUUGUAUCACCACUUCCUUUAACAGAACUACUAUCCAUUUUCCACUCAAAGACCUCUGGUUAAAAUACUACAGAGAAAAGUACUAGGAAAAACAUACAGUAAUAUAGUUUGAAAGUGAAGUGAAAGUGAAGUCGCUCAGUCGUGUCCGACCCUCAGCGACCCCAUGGAUUCAGCCUACCAGGCUCCUCCAUCCAUGGGAUUUUCCAGGCAAGAGUACUGCAGUGGGGUGCCAUUGCCUUCUCCAAAUUUAGUUUAAGUAACAUUAUAGGAGAGAGAGGUGUCACCCUCCAAAAAUAUAUGGUUAAAAUACAGAAGGACAAUAUUGUACGUCCGUCCCCUGUGUUGCAGGCAGAUUCUUUACCACUGAACCAUUGGGGAAGCUCUUUAAAAGAGAAGGAAGAGAAAAUAUUAUUUAUCAAAAUAGGAAAGCUUCCAGGGGAUUUGCUAAUUAAGGACAGACAUGUUCUAGACUGUCUUCUAGAUAGAGGAAUUUAUUUUUUACAUUAAAAAAAUUGUGGUAAAAUAUAUAUAACAUAAAAUUUACCAUACAACCAUUUUUAAUCACACAAUUCGGUGGCAUUAAUCACACUCACAGUGCUGUGCAGCCAUCACUGUCUGGGUAACUUUCGGUAAUUAUGUGCUCCAAUUCAGUGUGUUAUUUCUGCAGAGUCAUUUUGGUAAGUUUCACUUUUCUAGAGGUGGAUCUGUUUCCUAUGAGUUUUGAGCUUGAUUGGCAUAAAUUUAUUCACAAUAUCUUACAUGUUUAAUCUCUGCAGCAUCUCCGUGUUCUUUUGGCUUUUUAAUUUUCUUUGAACCUUCUCUUUUUUAUGAGUAAUCUUGUAUAACUUUUUCCUAUUUUCAAAGAAUCAACCUUUUGCUGGAUUGAUGCUCUGUUUUUCUUUCUAAUUCAUCAUAUUAUUUUUUUCUUUCAACUUUUCCUUUUUGAGAUUUUUUUCCUCUAAAUUCUUAAAUUGCAAACAGAUUAAUAACAUCAUUAUUUUUCUAACCUAAGUAUGUAAAACUUACAUUUUUUCUGAGAUCCACUUUAGCUACAGCCUACAAGUUUUGGUACUUACACCAAUCAAUAGCCAAAGUAUUAUGUAUUUUCUAAUUCCUAAUUUAAUUCAUUAACUAUAUCUUUUACCCAUGAGUUAUUUUUAAGUAUAAUGUUCUCUAAAUUUCAAAUGCUAAUGGAUUUUUUUCUAUUAGAUUGAACAUGUGGAAUUGCUAACAUUCAGCCUUUUGUAUAAAAUGGCACUUUCAUGUGUUUCAACACAAUAGUUUUCUUUUGUUAUUAAUAUAUAACUUAAUUUCAUUUUGGCCAGACAACAUUAGGUUAUGGGUUUGAUAUUCACACAAAAAGUCCUUGUUUCCACCAUUCUGUAUUUUAUUUAGGGGUUUUAAAAUGUUAUAAGUACAUGUGUAACCAGUAAUUUUCAAAUAAAAGUACUCCCUAAGUACUGGAA